CUGUCAGUGCAGCCGGGAGCUGGAGGAGUCUCGCAGGCCAGGGGGAGGGGAGGUUGCUUCGCUGCGCUCGGUGCUGCUGCUGGGAGAUCCAGCCUGCUGCCGGGCCGUGAGUGCAGGAGAGUCCUCCCCUCCCUCCCCGCAAUCGGCCUUCACUCCCGCUUGCAGACCCCCUUUCCAACCCCAUCCGCUCCCACCAUUCUCAGCUCCGGAUCCGGACACAUGGAACUGUUGUGCGUGGAGCGGGUGAUUCGAGCGAGGCGGGAUCCGCAGUUGUUAAGGGACCGGCGGGUGCUGCAGAAUCUGCUUAGCCAGGAGGAGCGCUACAGCCCCCGCGUCUCCUAUUUCCAGUGCGUGCAGAAGGAGAUCCAGCCCUACAUGCGGAAGAUGUUGGCUUUCUGGAUGUUAGAGGUUUGUGAGGAGCAGAAGUGUGAAGAAGAGGUUUUUCCCUUAGCCAUGAAUUAUGUGGAUCUCUACUUGUCUUGUGUCCCUACUCGCAAAAACCACUUGCAACUUCUGGGGGCUGUAUGUAUGCUCCUGGCCUCCAAGCUGCGAGAGACCAUGCCUUUAACUGUGGAGAAACUCUGCAUUUAUACAGACAAUUCCAUUACACCAAGCCAAGUUCUGGACUGGGAGUUUUUAGUCCUAGAGAAGCUAAAAUGGGACCUGGUGUCAGUAAUAGCAAAUGACUUCCUCGAUCAUAUUCUCCAGCGGCUCCCACUUCCCCAACAAAAGGCGGACUUGGUGAAGAAACAUGCACAGACGUUCAUUGCAUUGUGUGCUACAGAUUACACAUUUGCUAUGUACCCACCAUCCAUGAUUGCUACGGGUAGCAUUGGAGCAGCAAUCAACGGCCUCUCUACCUCAUCUGAAGAUUUUCCUGACGAGGAGCUUACGGAACUUCUUGCUAGCAUUACUGGCACAGAGGUGGACUGCCUGAAAGCUUGUCAGGAGCAGAUUGAAGCUGCCUUAGCGGAGAACCUGAAGCAGACCUCCCAAACACGGCAAGAAUAUAGCCCCUCCAAGAAUGCAGUUUACCCAGCCAGCCAGGAAGUCAGCCCCACCAGCACACCUACAGAUGUCACAGACAUCAACCUGUGACCAACUCUUCCCUGUGAUCACCCAACUCCUCUCAAGCACAGCUUCAUAGAGAAAAGGAAGAGACUCCUGAAACAUCUUGUCCGUGCACAUGAUCAUUGAAGUACCCAGGGAAUGGGAGAUGAUUUCUUAUUGUACAUCAUCUUCAUAACAAGACUGCAUUGAAGGGUCUUAGGGGAAUUGAGUGGGGCUCCAAAGGGAAUUGCCACCUUGCACUAGGACAGUUUCUGUCUUGCCAGCCUGACUUUCCUAGGAUCAGGGGAGCUACUUCUGCCGGAUGAACCACACUUGAGCUUGGGAAGGAUGGGUGAACUUAGUGUCAGUUCAAAAAGUUCUUCAGUUUGGUUUGCUUUGUUGGUGGGGUGCUGCCGAUUACUGCCAAUUUGUCCUAAUCUUUGCUGCAUGCCUGUUGCAUGCGUGUCAAGAGAGGAAAAGCACUUUUGUUAUAGAAGCUUUCUUCACGUUCCAUGAGGAAGUGUAACAUUCACCUGAGACCUCCUUGGUUGAGACAGCCUUGUUCAUGCUGCCAUAUACAGGCAUUGAGAAGAGUGCCAGCUUUAGUCAAUACUUCUUCCAAGUCUUACUUCUUAGUUAAUACCAAGGAGUCUUACUUCUCCUUUGAAGAGUAAUAGUGUAACACAAUACUCUGGCCCCCUCAACCCACUUUCAGGGAAAACAAGUGGCUUUUGGCUUGCUUGUCAUAGGUGCUUGUAAGAUGCUGGCUGGCAGAGUGAAAGCUUAGGGGGGCAGAAAUCCUCUCUUCAGAAAGGCCUGAGGAGAUACAUUGCCUUGCUUUUUCCAAUGAGACUCGUGAGCAAUUUUAUUUAUUGUAAGUUUUACAAAACUUCAGAGGGAAGAAAGGAGCUCAGUAGAGUAUGUUGUCCUGGUCCAUCCUUUCUUGCCACACAAAAUAGUGCCUUACUGUUCUUCCUCAUUCUCCUUCGUACCUCCGGGUUGCUUACUUUGAGAAAUUCAUCCAAUACUGAGCUUACUUAGUACACCCAACAAGUGCUGCUAUACUUGUAUGUAUAAAUCCCUCUUGUCUUCACUGCCAAAAGAAAAAGGCAGGAGAGUUACAUGCAAAGAAUGGAUGGAGGAUAGUAGGAAGUCAUAACAUGUAACUUGGGGGUUCUCAAACUUGAAUCACCAGAUGUUGGACUACAACUUCCAUCUUAUCUAACCAAAGGCCACUGUGGCUAGGGAAGAUCGGAGUUGCACUCCAUCAACAUCUGGGGACCCCAGUUUGAGAACCCCUGGGCUAAUUUAUAGUCCACAUUAAUAAAGGGGUAAAAGAUGAAUCUCUUUCCCCAAAGAGUUUACAAUAGGAUGAGCUGAAGACUGCACUGGAGUAAAAAGCUGUAUUGUUUGUUCAGGAAAAAGUCUUUUUCUAAAUGCUGCUUUUAUAAUAGAUCACUUUUGAAACGUAUUUUAUUAGAUGUGGGUGAACUGUAGCGAUGGGAGAAAGCUUGGUAUUCCACUUGAUGGCAUUUGGUGGUAUUCCACUCUUUAGUCUUAUAGCUGGAAAAGAAAUAUGAAUUGAUGCUAGCUAAUACACCACUGGAGACGAUUGCAUUUGCCAAGAAGAAAAAGCCUUUUUGCCUUUUCUUUCCCUUCAUUGUGCUUAAGUCCAAUUAGCCAUAAAGUGCCUCCAGCACUUCUGGUAAAGUCAGUAACCAUUAGAACUUCAUAGAAUUUAUAUAUUAGAGCUUUUUAAAAAGUUUGUCAAUAUGAUAUUCACUUGAAAUCCUGUUGGGGAAAAUCUGAUACUUUAUGAUGCAAUAAAGAAUUUUUUAAACCAG